AAUUCAAGUUGGGUCCCAUAAUUUCGCUAACUGUCAGAAAAGCGUGUCCGAAUCAGACAUCAGCAGCAGAACGCCGCCAUUUGCUGACUUUACCGCCUUUACACACGCAUCCCAGCUUCUUCCAUUCUACUUCUAGAUUUUUUGUUCGCUGCUAAUGAUUACCUGCAAUUCUCUGAGUUCAUCAAAUGGGAAUCGGUAGCAAAAACCCAGGUUCCAGAAUUUGUAUUUUCUCAUUCGUUUUCUGCUGCUAUCUUCCUCUGUUUUGCUCUGCGUCGAGUUCGAUUUCGCAGGGCCAGUCUAUACAAGAUGGAGAAACGCUGAUCUCAGAUGGGCAAAUUUUCGAACUGGGUUUCUUCCGUCCGGGGAAUUCAUCGUUCCGGUACGUCGGAAUUCGGUAUUACAACAUUUCAGACCCGCCAGUGAUCUGGGUUGCAAACAGAGAAAACCCAAUUUCUGGUGAAUCUGGAGUUUUGAAAAUUGGAAGCGAUGGAAAUCUGGUUGUUUUGGAUGGAAAUGGCACCGCAGUUUGGUCUACUAACGCUUCAACCGCCACUAACACGACUGCCACUAACACGACCGCCACACUCAGUGACGAAGGAAGUCUUGUUCUUUCCGGCAGCGGCGAUGCCGGCGAGGUCUACUGGCAGAGCUUUGAUCAUCCAGCGGACACUUUUUUGCCGGGGAUGAAAGUUGAGGUGAAUGAUGCCAUCGGAGAGAAUCGGUUUUUGAGUUCGUGGAAGUCGGAAAGUGACCCUUCGGCCGGAGGUUACUCAAUGGGCGUUGAUCCUCGAGGAUCGCCGCAGUUUGUGAUAUGGGAAGGAUCAGAACGGCGGUGGCGAAGCGGGCAUUGGAACAAGCAGAUAUUCAUCGGAAUGCCGACUAUGCCAACGAAUUAUGAAUCUGGUUUUAGGCUUAGUGAUGAGAAUGCGAAUGGGAGCUCAUAUUUUACUUACAAACUAUCAAGUACUUCGGAGAAGUUGAGGUUUCGGAUAAGUUGGGACGGGUACGAGGAGCUGCUGAGAUGGGUGGAAGAGAAGAACCAGUGGGAAGUGAUAGAAUCUCAGCCUAACAAGACCAACCAGUGUGAGUUUUACAACAAAUGUGGAAAGUUUGGGGUGUGUAGUGCAUCCGAUGAUUCGGGUUCGAUUUGCAGUUGUAUGCAUGGAUUUCAACCUAGGGACUCGGAUCAAUGGAUGAAGGGAAAUUGGUCGGAGGGGUGUUUGAGGAAAACCUUAUUGCAGUGUCAGAGAAAUAGUACUAAUGGAACGGCGGCAAGUGAUGAAAAAGAUGGAUUUGUAGGGAUAAGAGGUGCCAAGUUGCCAGAUUUCGCAGACUUAGUUAACGCAGGUCCAGGGGAGGGUUGUGAGGAGAAAUGUCUUGUGAAUUGUUCUUGUACUGCUUAUGCAUUUGUUGAAGGGAUUGGUUGUAUGAUGUGGACCGGGGACUUGAUUGACGUCGAACAAUUUACAUUGGGAGGAAACACGUUGCAAAUUCGUGUUGCGCAUUCGGAUUUAGGUAACAAGAAAAAAUUAUCCACCGUUGUGAUAGCAGUAAUUUCAGUAGCGGGAGCACUAUUCGUAGUCAUCAUCCUAUUGCUUUUGUGGUGGUUCAAAGCAAAACUGAAAGUGCUGCCCAUAAGUUCUUCAAUUUCAUGGUUAAGGGGCAGUGAUACACCAAUGCUCGAUGCUGGAAAGAGUGAAGAAUUCUCAACAGAUACUUCAGGAUCAGUUAACGUUUUUGCACAAGGGAAUCAAGCAAAUGGAUCCGAAUUACCGCUGUUCAAUUUCAGUUGUGUAGCAGCUGCUACGAACAACUUUUCUGAAGAAAACAAGCUUGGGAAGGGGGGAUUUGGUACUGUCUACAAGGGUAGCCUUCCAGGGCUACCACAAAUAGCCGUAAAAAGACUUUCGAGAAGGUCUACUCAAGGGUUGGAGGAGUUCAAGAACGAGAUUAGUCUGAUUGCUAAGUUACAACACAGGAAUCUCGUGAGGCUAUUGGGCUGCUGCAUUGAAGGAGAAGAAAAGAUACUGGUUUAUGAAUACAUGCCAAACAAAAGCUUGGAUUUCUUUCUUUUCCAUCCAGCCAACCGAUCACUACUAGAUUGGAGAAAACGCUUUACGAUUAUUGAAGGGAUUGCACGAGGGCUCCUUUAUCUCCAUCGAGAUUCAAGACUUAGAAUUAUUCAUCGAGACCUAAAAGCUAGCAACAUUUUGCUGGAUGAAGAUAUGAUCCCCAAAAUUUCAGACUUUGGCAUGGCAAGAAUAUUCGGGGGUAAUGAAAAAGAAGAAAAUACAGCCCGAGUUGUUGGCACCUACGGUUAUAUGUCACCUGAAUAUGCAAUGGAAGGUCUGUUUUCGGUAAAGUCAGAUGUUUAUAGCUUUGGUGUAUUGCUGCUAGAGAUUGUGAGUGGCCGAAGGAACACUAGCUUGCGAUCAACGGAACACUUAAGCCUUAUUGGAUAUGCAUGGCAUCUUUGGAACGAGAAUCGAGCAACGGACCUCAUUGAUCCUUCCAUCGCAGAAACAUGUUCCCAGAACGAAACUGAAGUAUUGAGAUGUAUACAUGUAGGGUUACUGUGUGUGCAAGACCAUGCAGCUAGUAGACCAACCAUGUCGGCCGUGGUGUUAAUGCUGGAAAGUGAAGCUGCAAAUCUUCAGUUGCCAGUAGAACCUAUAUUUACCUCAAUUAAGAGACAUGUGGUUGUGGAUACAAAAUUUAGUACAGAAGGCCAGGAUAUAGCACCCUCGAAUGAUGUAACGAUUACAAUGGUGGAAGGGAGAUGAUCGGUAAUCUUGCUCCAUGUUUCUAUGCUGUUCCAUCUCCUAUGAGGGUUAUUAGCAAUAUUUGUAUAGCCUGUAAUUUUCGUUAAACGAUUGUGAGCGGAAAAGUAAAUACUCAGACACCGGAGUUCUAGUAGACAUUGAUAUUUUGGAUUUUGACGACUAUCAUUCUCGA